AUGUCCCUCCAGUCUAAUGACACACGGGACCUCUUGGACGUUGUCGACAACCUUCGAUCACAUGGGAUCAAUCGUUACAUUGACUUGCCAGAGAUCAUUGUAUGUGGCGAACAAUCUUCUGGCAAAAGCUCAGUCCUUGAAGCGGUAUCAGGAGUGAGGUUCCCGAGCAAGGACAAUUUAUGUACCAGAUUCGCGACCGAGUUGAUUCUUCGCCGAGGCCCAGUUGCACCCAUCAAAAUCCGCAUCAUGCCGGGCUCUCAUGAGAACCGCUCAGAAAGUGAUCUGGAGAAGUUACAGAAUUUUCACGUCUCAGUCUCCGCAGAAGAUCUACAACUCGAGGAAAUUAUCGAAUCGGCGAAGGAUGCGAUGGGAAUAGACGAUUGUAGUAGAGUCUUCAGCUCGGAUAUCCUUCGCCUAGAGCUGUCAGGUCCUGAGCAACCGCAUCUUACCCUUGUUGAUCUACCUGGCUUGUUCCAGGCCGGCAACCGCUCCCAAUCAGAUGCAGAUAGCGAGACGGUCAAGUCUCUUGUACUCUCGUACAUGCGUAGUCCACGAAGCAUCAUUCUUGCUGUUGUGUCCGCCAAGAAUGACUUCAACAACCAAUCAAUCACGAAGUACUCACGCCAGAUCGAUCCACAGGGGUUGCGUACUCUCGGAUUAAUUACGAAGCCGGACACGCUGGAUGAGGGCUCUGAUAGCGAGCGUUUCUAUGUCGAGUUGGCACAAAACAAGGACGUUCAGUUCCGAUUGGGUUGGCACGUGCUUCGUAACAGGGAUUAUACCUCUAGGGACUCGUCUACAGAGGUGCGCAACAAAAUUGAAGCCCAAUUUUUUGCUUCGGGGGUCUGGAAAUCACUUCCACCUAACCAAGUUGGAGUUCACAGUUUGAAGUCCAGGCUUAGCAAGAUCCUCAAAGACCACAUUGUGGCGCAGCUGCCUGAUGUGCUUACACAGAUCAAAAGCGGAAUUCAAGAAUGUACAGAGAGACUGGGAAAACUCGGCGCAUCGCGAGCUACGGCGCAAGAGCAGCGACGAUAUCUCUUACAAGUCAGUCAAUCCUUCAGUACCCUUGUCAGGGCUGCCAUCGAUGGGCAAUACUCAGACUCUUUCUUCGGCGACGCCUCGACCCUAGAAGGCUACCAAAAGCGUUUGCGAGCUGUGCUUCAGAACACAUUCAUAGAUUUUGCAGAAGAUAUGCGCAAGAAGGGUCAUACGUAUACAAUCACUGACGGAGAUCCUACCACGCUACCUUCUCACAUAUCUCGUUCAGACUACAUCGCAAAAGUUACAAGACUUCUCAAACGUAGCAGAGGCCGGGAGCUGCCAGGAACGUUCGAUCCGCUCAUCGUUGGGCAACUCUUCCAUGAACAACGUGAACCGUGGGCGAAGCUGGUCAAUCAAUAUCUGGAGAUUAUCCUUCGUGCUGUUUACUUUCUGGCGCACACAGCUCUAGCACACUAG